UACAGGGACGCGAUGACCUCAGCUUGAACCUGACAGCAGGAAAUGCACGGAGAAGUCAGCGGUUCAGACGCAGACAGACAAGCAGCAUACAGCGACGGCGGCACAGGUUGUAAAAUUUCCACUGCCUAAUAGUUGCUUAUAGCUGUCAUUUUAGUCACAAAGCUAACAAAGAGCUAGAUAUUUGGAACCGAAACAGCACCGGCGGCGAGCGAUGCACAAGAUGCCUAGUCAACUUGAUAACAUGACGUCUAGAAAGAGGAAGAGCAGCUCUGAGGUCAGAGCCUCUAGAAAGGUUUCUCCUUCGGAGAAGAAAAACCGCAAAAGCCAGAAGAUGCAUUUGUCCCCAGAGGACAGUUCAGCGCUGAGAACCUCCAAAUCCACAGAUAAACUGUCUCGUAUCAGCUGCGAAUGCCACGAGGCUGCUGACAGGAGGAGGUGCCUGGGUUCACCCGAGCUCGAAGGUCAGGAGGGCAAAGAGAACGAGCUGAGGUCGGAGCAGGAGGUCAGCAGCUGCAAAGCUAACAGCGUCUUGGAGGAGCAGGCUCCUGAAUGCGUGGAGCCCGAAAACAGUAGCAGAGUCUUAUUCCCAGAUGACGACAGUAAUCAAAUCCUUCCGGUGGAGCAGUUCUUCGGGAACUUGGAUAUUGUACAGGACUUUCCUCGGAGAUCACCUGCUACUUCUCCCAGCGCCCGAAGGAAGGAGAGGCUUCGGCAUUACUACGCACAGGAAGACAGCGAUGGCGAAGAGGCGAGCCACGGCGGCCUCCGACGAGACGACGGAGCUGGCACUUAGUGAAGAGCCGGUUAAAACCGAACAACAUCCCAGCACUUUGGAAGAAGCGACAACAAACUACCUGCUCAGAUGCUGCAUUCAGUCGGUCUGUCGAAGUCUCAGCGCCGUCACUGAUGUGAGGAUAAUCAAGGAUGGUUAGUGGUACUGGCUGUCAAAGAAUUACUUCAUUGGCAGUGUUCCCAGCUGUGUUCAAGUGCCAUUGUAAACACAGAAACGUUCGUCACUGAAAGCGUCCGGUUUGGUGCCGGAUGCUUUUAUGCUGUUUUCUCACAUGCCAACAAUCACUAAGAACAUUUAAUAUGUAAGCAAACACACAAGUGCUUUUUUGAAACAGUGUAUAGAUUCGCAUAUACUCUCAUAAAUCCACGCUCGAUUGUAGCCUACCUUUCUCAGAGCUCUCAGCGGCACUUCAGGAGAUAUUUAAAAAAGAACAAAAUACGAGGACAACAGAUUGACUAGAAAUGCACUAGUAAGAAUCUUGCUGCUAAUUUCUAUUUUUUUUGCAAAGCUCUACGCUUAAGUUUAAUGCUGAUUGUAGCCUAUUAGGUUUUCCCUCCUAGAGCUUUCAGGAGAUCCAUUUUUUGUCCUUCCAUAAGCAUCUUAAAAUUGAAAGCGUUGAGUCUUCUUUCUUAACAGCUUCCAUGCUGAACAGUGUUAUGACCUGUUUUUUGUUGCACUUAUUGACGAGGUAAAAAAAAAGAAAAAAAAAGAUAAAGUUUGACUGGUCAGAGCCAGUCAAAUUAAAAAUCUGCUGCAUCUCUUAUUGCUCUUUUUGAGUAUUGAUUAGCUGAUGCAAAAUAUCAAUAUCAAGGUGCUCUAAAUGACAAUAUUUCUGCUCCAGGCAGUGUACUUUAAUGUCUAGAUUGUGGAAGUGCUGAACACAAAUCUGAUACGGCAUUGUUUUCCUGUCAUUUGGAUACCAAAAAUAAAUUAUUCACUUAAAAGUUGAAUAGUUUCAACCCAAUCCUUUAACUUUCUGCAGGCAGUUUGUAUACAUGCUGUAUACUGUACUGUCAUUUCAGGAUUGCUGUAAUGUUACAUUAUCCUGCUGUGUCAUAUCAGGAUUCAACCACUUUAACAUUCACUCUGAGAUGCCAAAUGUUGCUGAGCUAAACUUAACAUUUUAAGGGUGCUUGUAUAACAAAAUAGUUUAUGGACUGAUGGAAAUUUCAUACAAAUUACAGCAGAUUGACAAAUAUGCAACCUUAUGUCGGGCUACUUAAAUGUUACAAGGAAAGAAAGAUGGAAAACACCCAAAGAGCAGAUCUGUUUAUUACAAGAUCGGAGAUGAAUGUCAUAUUCCAGCCAUUUUUCACCAAGUGUCUAAAAUUCAUCCUUAAAGGUUUUUGGCAGCUUUGUAACAUAAUGUCUGUAUGUAGAUAAACAUAUAUAUAUAUAUAU